AUGCAGCCCGUGUGCUUGAUCCGCCAGGGCGCGGACGGCCUCGAGGUCGUGCCCGAGGGCGAAGCGCUGCUGCAGUCGCUACAGCUGGAGCCGCUCGCGAUUGUUUGCCUCGCCGGCCAGUACCGCACGGGCAAGAGCUUCUUCUUGAACCAAAUGUGCCAAGCGAGCGGGGCUGGCGGCUUCGUUGUGGGCCCCACGACCGAGUCGUGCACGCGUGGCAUCUGGAUCUGGGACGCCAACGUCCGCAACGACCGCGGCGAGAAGGUGCUGCUCAUGGACACGGAAGGCAUCGCGUCGACCGACAAUGACGAGUCGUACGACGCCAAGAUCUUCUCGCUCGGGCUGCUCUUGAGCUCCGUCUUUGUCUUCAACACCAUGGGUGUCAUUGACGAAGGCGCGAUUGACCGCCUCUUUCUUGUGUCGGAGCUCACCAAGCACGUGUGCCUCACGCACAAUCCGACGACAUGUGACGCUUCCAAGACGCUUCAUGACCAUGACGAUGACGACGACUUUGGUCCGUCCGAGGCCGAGCUCGCCCCGCACUUUCCUCCGUUUGUUUGGCUCUUACGAGAUUUCCUCCUCGAUAUACAAGAGAACGGCGUUGCGCUCUCGCCCAAGACGUACCUCGAGCGGUCCCUCGAGCCGCGAGACGGCGCGUCCCGCCGCACCGACGAGCGCAACCGCAUCCGCGCCUCGAUCCGGACCCUCUUUGCCCAGCGCGAGUGCAUGACGCUCGUGCGACCCGCGACCGACGAAGACCAGCUGCGGCACGCGAGCUCGCUCACCAACGCCGACCUCCGGUCCGAGUUUGUCACGCAAAUGGCAUGCAUCCGAGCUCGCCUCUUGGCGCUUGCAUCGCCCAAGCGCCUUCUCGGCCAAGUGGUGGACGGGCCGCAGCUGUGCCACCUCGUGCGUGCGUACCUUGCGACCAUGAACUCGGGCGCCGUGCCAAACAUCAAGGCGGCGUGGGAGUACGUGAGCGACGCGACGUGCGAGACGGCCAUGCAGCGCGCCCUCGACGAGUACCACUGCGUCAUGGCCACCGCCCUCGGCGAGAGCCUGCGCCAAGAUCACUUUGAAUCGACGUUCAAAUCGGCGCAGGACAAGGCCCUCACCGUCUACAAGCGCAUCUCGGUCGACGGCGACGCGCGGAAGCGAUGCUUCCAGAGUCUGAAGACGGCGAUUACGGCCGAUCGCACGGCGCAGAUUGCAUCGCUGCAGGUGAAAUCGCGCGCACUCUGCGACGCCGUCCUUGCGAGGGCCGCCGCCACCAUGCUCGACGCAGCGGCAGACGAUGCGACGACCUCGUGGCGGGCCCGUCUAACACCUCUCUUGGCUGCGUACGACGAAGAGGCCGACGGUGCGGCCAAGAACAAGGCACUCUUGUCCUUUCUCAGAGACGACGUGUGGUCGUUCGUUGACGCCGCCGCCGCGCGACGGGAAGCCGCCCACGCCGCCACGCUGGCGUCGACCGUCGCCGCCGCCGAGAGCCGCGAACGCGCGCUCGAGUCGACGCAGCGACACCUCGAGACGCAACUGCACGCGCUGGAGCUCGAGAACGUUCGCGCAAUUAGCGCCGCGGCCAACGUGCAAGACAAGCUCGAGGCGGCAAGCGCAAGCAACGUGGAGCUGCGCAGCUCGCUCGAGUCGACGCUGGCGCAGCUCGAAGCCGUUUCGGCCAAAGAAGCGGCGCGCCGCGUGGAGCUGGAUGCGCUGCAGCAGGCGCACACGGCCGUGAGCGUCGAGCGGGCGCAGCUUGGUGCGCAGUUGGCGCAGACAACCUCUGCGCUCCAUGCAGUGCAAGCCGACCGUGACAGCAUCCGCGAGACCUUGACGCAAGAGCUGAGUGACGAGCGUAAGGGCCGCACGACCGAGCGCGAGUCCGCGAUCGCCGAGAUGGCCAAACAAGCCGGCGAGCUGCACACGGCCCAGCGGGCGCUCAAGAGCGCGGCGACCGACCACGACGCGCUCUCGCGGGACCUCUCGGUGCUGCAGAAGGAGAAGGACAUGCUCCGGCACAAGCUCGACCUCGUGACGUCUGAGCUGGCGACGGCGUCAGCGACGCUUGCCGCCACGACCGCCGACCACGCGGACGCGGCGACGAUGUUGCAGCGGUACCAGAAACGCGUCGAGCGGCUCGAGACGCAACUCGGGGACAUGGCAACCAAUGGCCAGGUCGCCCUUGCGCUCGAGCAGGUGGUGUGGACUGUUGCCAAGCAGGCCGACAUUGACAAGGCCGUGCAAGUGGUGGCCGAAGAGAAGGCGGCGCUCGUCGAGCGCUUGGGCGACCUCCACCUCAAGAUUUCGUCGCUGCCCGACUUUUACCAGCGCCAAGUCUUCUGCGCCUCGGAGCCCGCGCCCGACUUUUUCGAUGCGCUCACGUCUUUUCUGUCGUAA